CUGCUGCUGUAGGGAUUCAGUAUAGAACUAAAUGCAAAAUACGAAGCCUCCUGUCUUGCAGUAAAUUUGUUCUAAACAUGAUAUCUCUGAUCCAAAUCCUUCUCUUUUGGUCCCUGUCCGUGCAGCUGCAAGUCAGUGGGGAAGAGGAUAAUGCUCCACUUCUGGCAAUCAAAUAUGGACAACUUCAAGGUAGAAGGAUAAAUGUGAAAGGAACAGAUCAAGCAGUACAUGCCUUUUUAGGGAUCCCAUUUGCAAAGCCUCCAACUGGACCACUAAGGUUCGCUCCUCCACUGCCACCUGAACCAUGGGAGUCCAUCAGAGACGCAACACAACACCCGCCAAUAUGUUUACAAAAUUCUGAAGAAAUGGAAAAAAUGAUAGAUUUCUCCCAGUCCUCUUUAAGGAUACCCCCAGUUUCAGAGGACUGCUUGUAUCUAAAUGUCUUCACUCCAGCACACCGGGAAAAUAACGUCAAGCUGCCGGUCAUGGUGAGCAUACACGGAGGAGGCCUGAUCAUAGGAGGGGCAUUUUUAAAUAGUGGAUCAGCUAUAUGUGCACAUGAAAACGUGGUGAUUGUUUCAAUCCAGUACAGACUUGGCCUAUUGGGGUUCUUCAGUUCUGGUGAUGAGCAAGCACGGGGAAACUUUGGGUUUUUGGAUCAAGUUGCUGCUUUACAGUGGGUUCAAGAAAAUAUUGAGAACUUUGGAGGUGACCCACAGUCUGUUACUAUAUUUGGUGAAUCUGCUGGUGGUGUGAGUGUUGCUGCACUUGUUUUAUCCCCUUUAUCCAAAGGCUUGUUCCACCGGGCAAUAUCUGAGAGUGGAGUAGCAUUAAUGCCUGGUCUAGUCAGCAUUAAAGCAGAUGACAUGAAUUUUAUUAAAAAUAUUGUUGCUAAUAUAUCUGGAUGUGAUUCAGCUGAAGUGCUGGACUGUUUGAAGAGGAAAUCACAAGAGGAGAUUCUGGCAAUUACUAAAUCAAUAGAAAUGGGAACUAUACCUGCUUGUGUAGACGGGGUGUUUUUUCCGAAAAGUCCAGAGCAGAUUUUAAUUCACAAAGAAAUUAACCGUGUCCCCUUUAUUAUUGGAGUUAACAAUCAUGAAUUUGGAUGGAUUAUUCCACAGGCGAUGAAUAUAACUGAAUUAGCAGAUGGAAUGACUAUAGACUCAGUGGAAUCACUGCUUCAUAAACUUUCUUUACUUGACAUCAGUUCUGAGUCCAUUAGUACAAUAAUGAGCGAAUACUUUGGUGACACAGAUGAUCCUCAAGAAAUAAGAAACAGAUUCCUUGAUUUAGGUGGAGACGUUAUGUUUGUUGUGCCAGCUAUCAAAACUGCAAAAUAUCAUAGAGAUUCUGGUCUGACGGUUUAUUUCUAUGAAUAUCAGCACAGCCCUUUAUGUUUUAAAGAUUUCAGGCCACCUUUUGUUAAAGCAGAUCAUGGAGAUGAAUUGUUCUCUGUUCUGGGUCUUCCAUUCUUGAUUGAAGAUACCAUUUUCAAUAUUUCUGCUUCUGAUGAAGAAAAAACCCUAAGCAAAAUAGUUAUGAAAUACUGGGCCAAUUUUGCUCGAAAUGGGGACCCUAAUGGAUAUGGUUUGGAAGAAUGGCCAGUGUAUGACCAAGAUGAAGCUUAUCUAGAAAUUGACUUGAAACAGAAGUCAGCAAAGAAGCUCAUAGAGAAGAGAGUAAAGUUUUGGACUUUGACUCUUCCUGAACUUACAAAGCUGCACGAGGACAAGGCAGAGCACCCAGAACUUUAGAUUUCUUUAGAUAUUUUAGGAUUCAGAACUGGUUCUGGCUUACAAUGGCAGCUACAAAAUAGAAGGAGAUCAGAAAAUGAUUUUAAUUGGCAGCUCCAAUUAAAACGUAACCCUUGUUUCAAAAUAUCUGGAAAUAAACUGGAGCGCUAUUAUCUUU